CUGAUUGGAUGCUUUUUCGUAGGUUUCCCUCAGAACUGCAAGACGCUCAUAUUGCGUUACAUUGUAGCAAAAUGGCGACUGUCAUUCAGAAUCCACUAAAAGCGUUGGGUGACCAGUUCUACCAGGAGGCCAUUGAGCAGUGCCGCAGCUACAACGCCCGGCUGUGCGCCGAGCGCAGCGUCCGGCUGCCCUUCCUGGACUCCCAGACCGGCGUGGCUCAGAACAACUGCUACAUCUGGAUGGAGCGCCACCAUCGCAGCCCUGGAGUGGCUGCAGGGCAGAUGUAUACGUACCCAGCGCGCUGCUGGAGGAAGAAGAGGCGGCUUCACACCUCUAUGGAUCCUCGCCUGGGCCUGUGUGGUCUGCAGUUGGAUGGUGGUGUGAUGUCGAAAGACUCCCUGCCCAAUCAGAGCACCACCCUGGAGGCUCUGCUACGAGGAGAAGGUCUGGACAAGAGAAACAACUCGAAGGAGGAAGAGAGUCUCUUAGAGAUCCAGAGGGUACUGGAGGCGGAUGCUGCGGAAGAUGCGUUCCACGACGAUGAUGAUUACGAAGUGGACACUCCCAAAAGGAGACACAGAGGCAAAGGCAGGGGUCGAGGUACAGGCCGCCGGAGGACGGAGAGAGAUGACCAGGACAAGCCAUACGUCUGCGACAUCUGUGGGAAGCGCUACAGAAACCGCACAGGGCUGAGCUAUCACUACACCCACUCCCAUCUGGGGGAGAGCAGGGCGACAGAGAGAGGCCCCGGGACCAGGUCACCGUCCACACACCGACCCGACAAACACAAACGCCUGAAGGUUCCGGGCGGGUCCAGCAUCUCCAACAACAGCUGCUCAAACUGCCGGGGCUCCCACAGGAGAGCAGGACACCCGGGCCAGAGAGCCCCCUGCGAGGCCUGCCGGCUCCCUGCAGGGUGCCGGGAGAAGGAGGAGAGGUCCCUGGUGGGGGCAGAGGAGCUGUUUGGCACCACCUCAGAGAGUGACACCUCCACCUUUCACGGCUUCGAGGAUGACGAUCUGGAGGAGCUGCCCUCAAACGGCCACGGCUUGUCCAGCAGACACAGAUAGGACGCACUGUUCCCAUCCAAGGACUAUUUUUUAAUUGGAAGAACCUCUGGCACAAGUCUGCUGCUUCUUUGUCAAUGUUUUUGUUUUGUGGAAAAGAGACAGUUGGCACAAGUGGUGAUGAUGAUUUCAGGACAGAACUGCAAGUGUUAUUUUAUCUACUGAACUUGUAGAAUAAUUUACUGUUGAAUAAUUUAUGAACAUGUUUUUUUUAUUUUUUUUUUAUAACUUUAAAGGAGAAGAGUAACUGACAGUGGUUCUUGAGAAGUGCUCUCCUAGGUUAACAGAAGAAAUAUUUCCCCCUCAUUGGAGCCGAGAGGCAAGAACGAGAUGAACAAAAAACACUGGAAUGCUUGUAAACAUUUGUGUUGCUCCAUUUUGGUUAUUUUGCCAGAGAAUUUUCUUUUUUUUAAUAUAAUUUAUCAAAAAUUCAGACUGAAAUGUUAAACUUGAGAUUGGAAGAGGAAGGAACAUCCUUCCCUCGUGUGGUUGAAGUCACUGGACUCAGAGGUCAGGCUGUGAGAAGGAAUUAAGACAUUGUGCUUUGGGUUUUCUUUUCUCUGGAUUAAAACAAUGUGAAAAUGAAGGAAUGAAUCAGUCGAUGAAAAGAAGCAAGUGGAGGAGGAGGUGUAUGAAGAUUAUUCUAAAAGAGGAGCGUUUGUUAGUCGCAAGGAGCACAGAGCCAUGGCAUGAGGUCCCAGAGGGUCCUGGAGCCAAAGAACCUGCCGGACCUGCCAGCCGGCAGACUAGCCAGCCACCUGCACCCCCACACACCCCUCCUGACUAGCCAGCCACCUGCACCCCCAGACUGCUCCAUGCUACUCAAACCUCCUGUUUUAAAAGUGGUUCCUCACUAAGGAAUAUGGAUCGAUGGAACAUUUGAAAUGACGGUGGACUUACUUUCAUGUCCCCCCCUUUGCCCCGCGCUGUGACCAGGCUGCACUGGUAAAGGCCAAGGCUGGCGUGCGUGUAUGUGCGCCCUGUGCUCCCCUCCUCCUGCUCCUCCAUGCUCUGUUCACCGUGCCCACAGUGACCCAGUGAGACGUCAUCUGCCUGCCUGCCUGCCACACCACCAAGACUCCUCCUGCCCUGACCCCUGCUACAGAGAUGGUGCUGAACCCCACCACUAACACAACUAAACCUGCGUUUAGCUCUCCUCCUAUGAGGCUUCUCCAUGUCUGACACAGACAAACCGUUGGAAAGACCAGAUUGUGAACAUGAUCUUAGUUGUCUUCAUGCUGGUGGUUGUGAUGUGUGUCUGGACAGGCCCCUCUGGUACCAGCUCAGCUGCACUACCUCUACUCAGGCCCCCUGCCCACUCUGCGCCUCCACUGCAUGUCAACACCAAGCCCCGUCCCCCACUUCAAGUGAUUGUACACCAUUGGCCGAGAAGGAUUAAAACUCCUCUGCAGUAAGUUCUGAACAUCCAAUCGGAGGGGAGUGGUGUGUUUGGACUGUCCUGUAGUGUCAACAGAUUUCCUCCCAGCUUUACAGAAACCCUGCAAUAACAACAACCUCAGACACUAGUUCCCCCCCCCCCAGCCAGUGAAUGGGGAAUAUUACAUUUCUGUUUUCUGCUUAUUCAUAUUUCAUUACCACUUAAAUUUUUUUCCCCCAGUGAACUGUGACUUAGUUAUUUUCAAUAGAAUCCGUUUAAAACCAACAUUUGUAAUUAGUGUCAUUUUGUGUCAGACUAAAUGGGGAGCGUGGACAUGGUGUGUUCCCUAGUACAUCUGUUAACUAACAGAUGGGACACUAGUCGAUGUGAAGAUAUCGAGCCAUUUAUUCUGUAACGGAGUCUAGUUCUUUUUAUGAAGUGUAGAAGGUGCCUGAAGACUCAAAAGCUGGACUUUUUAUUGAAGUUGCCGAGUUCUGUGUAUACUGUCAAAUACCUCUGCAUUUUGGUUUUCGCUGCAUUUUGUGUGAACAACGAGAAGCCUAGAUGCAAGCUGACAAUGACACAUGCAGGAGGGAUACUUGGUUGUUGACGUAAAAAAAAAAAAUCACUCACUGUCAUUCUCAACACUGAAUUCCCUCAGGGAUCCCUGUCAUCAACAGUUGAUACCCUUCUCAAGAGAACUAAUUUUUUGGGGUGGGGUUGUCAACAAAAUUCUUGUCUUUUCAUCGGUGACCGAGUUUCCAUGGUGACUUGAGCAAGGUCUGGAGUCGUGGAUGCUUCUGCUCGCUCAGACGAGCACGAGACUAAGAGUUUUGUUCCAUUUCCAAUGUUCUCUUAAAUGAACGGGUCUAGCUUGGAGCACUUCCAUACGAAACAAUGUUCCUCAUGGUUCGUCAGUGAUGUCUGCAUAGUAACAAGUGUCACCAAUUAUGUAAUAGUACAUAGCCUGUAUACCUCGUUGAAGAGUCGAAGACACAGCAAUAGCCCCCCGGAGGUCUCGGUGCUGUCCUCGCCUCUACGUCUGAGACGGCGGGGGCGGGAACGGAGCCACGGAGAGAUGAAGCUGACGCGACCGGCCGUUUCAUCCUCUGCUGUAAAUAGCCUACGUUGAAAUGGAGAGAUUGAAGUCCUUUUGUUUGUUAAACUAUUUUUAUUGUUCUGAAGGAAAAUAAAGAAUGAGAGUCUUUGCUCUGCCUGGA